GCUGCGGCAUGUGCCGGUAACGGGGAGGGAAGAACCGAGCGGGGGUUAGGUGCGAGCGGCCCAGCGAGGCCUGGGCCGCCUUCAGAUAACCCUGUUUUGGUGAUUUAGUGCUGUAUUUUGGGAGCUUUAAGCUUAACUUCUGGGAGAGCCGGAGCUUUUACGCGUUGGUAUUUAAUACAAGCGUAGGGCAGCGCGGCUGCGGAGGCUGUGACCGAGCAGCUGAGUGUGCCGGCGCUGGGCCCGGCUUCCCGAGCAGGCUCUCCCCGGGGGGAUAAGCUAGUCUUAAGGAGCUGGUGGGGAGGAGGCAAGCGCUCUAAUUGUGAGUAAACACGAGAGAGAAGGUAUGGGCUGAAUUUUAAAAAGAAUAACCCAGUUCAGAUGACCUUCUCUUGGCUUUUUUAUUAAGGUUUAUCACUUCACCCGAUCCAGUUUCUGGUGGAGUUGCUAUACUAAGAAAGCAAAUCGAGGUUUAAGGUAUUCCGAGCACCCUGCCUGUCGCCUGGGUUUGUGAGGGCGGCGUUAAGUCCUGCUGGUAAGAAGGGAACAGGGGAGUUAGUUCUUCAGGAAUGGUGUCUUUCAAAAAAGAAAUGACCUAGAGAGUGCAGGGUGAGUUCUGGACUUCUUUUUUCCUCCUCACCGUGUCAAUAAAUUAUUAAGUAGGAAAAAAAGAAGGGGUGUGUGUGGGGGGAAAUUGGGUGGCUUCUGGCAAGUCAACCAGCUUUAACACUGACCGCCGAUACCCGACUCUGGAAGUUCAGCUUCCCCGCUACAAGAGCCAUACGUGAAACUCUCUGUAGGAGCUUCUGCGGUUUUGUUGGGUAGCUUAUUUAAAAAGUCAAGGAGAAAAGGGGAUAGAAGACUUCUUAAAAGCACUCUCGCUUGGCUGCUGUUCGAAUCGUGGAUAUAAGCAAGACCAGAAGAGCUCCUCGCUAAGGGUUGCGGCGCUAAGAGGAGCCCCCGGCUCGGCACGUGCCGGCAGCGGUGGAAGAUGGCCGCCUUCAAACGGAGCCGAGCACAAGCCUGGCCGGAGGAACGGGGCGACCGGGAACACGGGCUGUACAGCCUGCACCGCAUGUUCGACAUCGUGGGCACCCACCUGACCCACCGGGAUGUGCGGGUGCUCUCCUUCCUCUUCGUGGAUGUGAUUGACGAUUACGAGAGGGGGAUGAUCCGCAGCGGCCGGGACUUCUUGCUGGCGCUGGAGCGGCAGGGCCGCUGCGACGAGACCAACUUCCGACAGGUGCUGCAGUUGCUGCGGAUCAUCACUCGCCACGACCUGCUGCCGUACGUCACCCUCAAGAGGCGACGGGCUGUGUGCCCGGACCUGGUGGACAAGUACCUGGAGGAGACGUCCAUUCGCUACGUGACGCCCCGCGCUCACAGCGAGGCGGAGCACAGCCUCGGCCACCCCCAUAAAUCAGUGCCUCCCCACCACCCCGUGGUCUGCUGCUCCUCCGCGGGACCCCAGAUCUGUACCAAGAGGCCUGGCCGCGGCAGGACCCUCCUCAGCAGCCAGCGCAAGAGGAGGAAGUCGGCGACGCCAGACCCUAAGGAGAAGCAGACCUGUGACAUCCGCCUGCGAGUCCGAGCCGAGUACUGCCAGCACGAGACGGCGCUUCAAGGCAACGUCUUCUCCAACAAGCAGGACCCCUUGGAGCGUCAGUUCGAGCGCUUCAACCAGGCCAACACCAUCCUGAAGUCCCGGGACCUGGGAUCCAUCAUCUGUGACAUAAAAUUCUCAGAGCUCACCUACCUCGACGCGUUCUGGCGCGAUUACAUCAACGGCUCUUUGUUGGAAGCCCUCAAGGGUGUCUUCAUCACGGACUCGCUCAAACAAGCCGUGGGCCACGAAGCCAUCAAACUGCUGGUCAAUGUGGACGAGGAGGAUUACGAGGUCGGGCGCCAGAAACUCCUGAGGAACUUGAUGCUGCAGACGGCUCCCUGAUGCCUGACGCCUGCUCGGUGGGAUCCAAGCUUUUUUCUUCUCCUUUUUUUUUUUCUCUUUUUUUUUUCUAGAAGAAAAGGAAAAGAUGAUUGAAACCCCUGCCCGGUACGGUGCAACUCUGGGUUCGGAGCCAGGCUGGAGCCGCAGGGAGCGCCGGAGGCUUACGUGUUUCCUCACCCCUUUCCUGUCCUGUCACCUCCGCUCUCGCUUUGUUUUCCUUUUUUCUCUUUUAUUUUGUAUCCAUUAAAAACAAAACAAAAAGGCAAAAAUCCUGCCUGGGGCGCGUCAGUGACGGGGCUGGGCCAGCCGGGGGGGGCUCGGCGGAGGUUUGUACCAGGGUGGG